AUGCAACGUUUUAGCUUUGUUCUUAUAUUUGUAUUAGUGUUAAUCACUGAAGUAAAAGCGACAGUAAAUGAUAAUAACGAUGAACUUUCCUGGACCACUGCAAUGGGUAAUGCACGUAAUACUCGUCGUUUGAUUCCAUCGUUGGCCACUGAAUUCAAUGGUAGCACUUGGACAACAAUCUUCAAUUCAUCUUCACAAGAUACAACAGUAUUCGGUGCUGGUGCUGGUAUCAACGGUGAUCUCUAUCUUUUUGUAACUGAUUCACGAUAUGGUUCUGCCGAUUAUAUGCUCUGUCUUACUACAAAUGGAGAUAUCCGUUGGAAGAUGUAUCUUGAAUCGCCACCACGUAUGAUGAAUACUGCAGUGUCGAACAUUGUGUCAGACCAAGAAAAUAAUCUUCUUUAUUACACAUCAACUUGGGCCGAUACUGGAUCAUUUGUAUCGAAAAUAUGUCGAGUCUUUUAUCCUCAAACUCAUCAUCCUGCUCAAGAAUGUGUGAAUACCUAUAAAAUCAGUUCAAAUUUCUUGGCACCACUUGCAUUAAGCACAAAAGCAGAUCUUCUGAUAACAUCUGUAAUUGAAAAUGCUCCAGCUGCUUUCAAUACAACAACAUUUGAGAUGCUCUGGAGUGAUUCAGAAACAAUGGGUUCUGACCCAUCCGCCGAUUAUAAAGCUGAUCCAUUUACUGGUGAUAUUUAUUGGAUUGGUGGUGAUGAUGUUAUGGGAAAGAUGGAUUCAAAUGGUACUCGUCUAUUUAUUAAUGAUACGAAUUCAGGUGGUAAUCGAGAUUUUGCACUUGAUAGUCGACGACAAAUAGUAGUACGAGCAUGGCAAAAUAUGUCUGAUCAUGAUUGGCCUCUUAUCGUCUCUGCUUGGAACGUUGAAAAUACAGGAUUACAUGAACGUUGGCAAUGGAAAGAUGAUAAUAAUAAUACAAUGAAUACCGAUUGUACACCACCAAUGCUCGAUGCUCAAAAUGGCAUUACUUAUUUUGUCAAUUUACCCUAUGCUAUUGCUCUUGAUACGAAUACUGGCAAUCGUCGUUGGCAAACCGAAGUGGUGACAAAAAGCGACAUGGAUAAUCUUGAUCUUGCUGCAGAAUGUACUGCAUUCAACGAACAAUCACGAGUUCUUUACGUAUUUGUGAAAUCAACAAAAGCACCUUUCAAACUCAUGCUUAUUGCUGUACAUGCUGAUACGGGUAAAAUCCUUCGACAAAUGGAUGUUGCGAGAACUGACAGCAAAAUAGUAAAAUCUUUCUGUCCUAUGCUUAUCGGCAAUGAAAUGAUUUAUAUUUCAUGGUUAACAGGUGCCUAUCCCGAUCUCGUUCCAUUGACAAUUACUGGUGUUCCUCAAUUAUCUUAA